AUGGCCGAUGUCAUGGCCCAGACUCCUCCGGUCCUCCAUGGGCCGUCCGAAAAAGAGCGGAAAUAUGACCGUCAACUCCGGCUUUGGGCCGCAUCUGGCCAAGCCGCCCUUGAGUCUGCAAAUAUCCUACUCGUUAACUCUGGUGCUGGCACGGUUGGUGUUGAGACCCUCAAGAACCUCGUACUACCUGGCAUUGGCCAAUUCACAAUUGCCGACCAAAGUGUCGUAAGUCAUGAAGAUCUAGGCGUCAAUUUCUUCGUGGACGAUAGUUGGCUUGGCAAGUCGCGAGCAGAAGCGUGCACAAACUUCUUGUUAGAGCUGAACCCUGAAGUCCAAGGCGGAUGGUAUCCUCAACCUCAGGAUGGAUCGUUCAACCUCGAGAGCUUUCUCAGCAACUCACCUGCGUUCACUAUGAUCCUAUAUGCAUUGCCAUUACCACAAGAGCAAGUCCAACUCAUCCAGAACUACGCUGAACAGCAUAGAGUGCCCACGAUUGCAGUACAUUCGGUGGGCUAUUACUCCUACUUCAAGACUUCCUUACCCGGUACAUUUCCUAUUGUUGACACCCACCCUGAGGAGACCGCUACUACCGACCUAAGAUUGCUUACCCCCUGGCCUGAGCUUACUGAGUUUGCUAAGAGUAUGACUGAGAAUAUCGACAGUUUGGAUAAUCAUGAGCAUGGGCAUUUGCCUUUGGUCGUCGUUCUCCUCCAUUACCUCCAGCAAUGGCAACAAAGUCAUGAUGGGGCUUACCCUACCAGCUACGCUGACAAGACUGCAUUCCGCAAAACUGUUUCCGAGGCCAUGAGGACGAAUAACCCUGAAGGAGGCGAGGAGAACUUUGAAGAGGCCAUAGCUGCUGUCAUGAAGCAUAUUGUGGCGCCAUCAAUCCCAAGCUCUCUCCAGCAAGUAUUUGACUACAUACAUCAAGAUCCUGAAGAGAGCAAGUCCAGCUUCUGGACUAUUGCAGAGGCUAUGAAACGAUUUUAUCGUGAGCACGGCCGUUUACCUGUACCCGGCGGAUUGCCCGACAUGAAGGCCCAGUCCAACGUUUAUAUCAAACUCCAAAAUAUCUACAAGGAACGAGCCCGCCAGGAUGUCAGUCAAGUUCUGGAAACGGUUCGGAGUAUUUCUGGCGGUGACGAUGUGGAUUCCGAGCAAGUUGAACUUUUUUGCAAGAACGCUCGCUUCAUCAAGCUUAUCAACACCUCGGAAAACGACACAGCUAAGCUUGAUCAAGUUGUUGAACAGCAACUUGCCAAUGACGAAAUCGCAGCCGUCGCUGGCCCAGAAAUGCCUCUGUCUCUUAUCCCAAUCUAUCUUGCCCUGUUAGCAACAUCACAUUCCAAGACAGCUUCCUCAGAUGAUAUCAUGGCCUUCAUUGAUGAGAAGGCGCCCCAGGCCUCUGAUAACGAGCGCUACAAGAAGACCGCUCAAGAAGUGGAACGAGCUGCUGGCGGUGAACUGCACAAUAUCUCGGCCGUCAUGGGUGGUAUGGUUGCACAAGAAAUGAUCAAGAUCAUCACGAAGCAAUACGUGCCAAUCGACAACACUUGUAUCUUCGACGGGAUCGAUAGUCGCUGUCAAGUUCUUCGUCUGUAG